AUGGUGACAACGCCAACAUACGAUUGCACCAUGGUGACAACGCCAACAUACGAUGGCACCAUGGUGACAACGCCAACAUACGAUGGCAUCAUGACGACAACGCCAACAUACGAUGGCACCAUGGUGACAACGCCAACAUACGAUGGCACCAUGUUGACAAGAGCAACAUACGACGGCACCAUGGUGACAACGCCAACAUACGAUGGCACCAUGGUGACAACGCCAACAUACGAUGGCAUCAUGACGACAACGCCAACAUACGACGGCACCAUGACGACAAAGGCAACAUACGACGGCACAAUGACGACAACGCCAACAUACGAUGGCACCAUGUUGACAAGAGCAACAUACGACGGCACCAUGGUGACAACGCCAACAUACGAUUGCACCGCGAACUUACGACGGCUACAUGGCGACAACGCGAACAUACGUAUGUUGGCAAAGAAGCAUAGGCAAUUGCGAAGCAAAUCCUCUCGGGACCAAAGACCUGAGAAAUAUAGCUACUAG